GCAGUGUUUGUCAUGCGUAUGGCGCCAUCUAAAAUGCAGCCAUCCAUUCAAGCACCUAACCUCCCUCGUGCUCUUCAUGGCUUUAGUGCAUAUCUUUGUCUUUGUUCGUCUCAUAAAUAGCAUAGUAAAACGAGUAUGUACUUGGCAUAUUUCAUACGAUCAGUAUACGCGCUUUUCGCCCUGCUCGCGCUGGUAUUCGAGGCCUUUCCGUGGACGCGUGACACCUUUGUAAAGUACGGCAAGACCCGGGAGGAAGCCAAAGAGGAGCCAGCAGAGCCAGUGCAAGGCGCGUCAGACAGCAGCACUGCUAGCAUUGCGGGCAACCGCAAUUCGGGGGAGCACUCAGGGUCGGCAAGCAUUGUGCCCCAAUGGUUCGCGCAGAUGACAGUGCCAAAGCACACUUUUUCCCAUUUUUACAUCUUUGGCACAAUAUGCAGCGCAUUGGUGACUCUGGACAUCAUCAACUGGGUCAAGGGCCAGAGUGGCUCGCAGCUGCCAGAAGCCACAGCAAAGUGCUUCAUCCAGCUGUAUAUAUCGUGGGAGCAGCGGAUCCUCGACAGUGAUCUAGCAACGGUCGUGGCGUUCCCUCACAAAAUCACGGUGCUUGCGUUAACCAUGUGUAAUAUGCAUAUUAUGCUGCGGCUCAAAGAGAGCGUGUACGACCAGCCCGCCACCAAGGCGCGCAUGCACAUUUCCCAGUAUGCAGUGGGAAUCAUCUACUAUGCAGUGACGCCUCUUGCAGUGGUUGUUGACUCGUUCUACAGGCCGGCGUGGAAGUCUCCGCCGGUCUGGGCGGUCAUUGCAGGUCUGGCGACCUAUACUUAUGCAUCGGUUCACCAAUGGCGCUGCCACCAUAUCCUGUACAAUCUGCGCACCCAGUCGCUGCGCGAAGACUCGGGCUACGUGGUCCCGACAGGCGACUUGUUCGCGUAUGUGGCGUGCCCGCACUUUUUAUGCGAGAUCCUUGUGUAUGUGGCGAUCUGGAUGGUGACCGGGUUCCAAGCGACAACUCUUCUGUGGAACAUCGGGUGGAUCAUAACGGGACUCGGUAUCACGGCUAGCGAGUCGCACCGGUGGUACAAAAGGACGUUUGGAGACAAGUACCCGCGCAACCGGCGCGCGCUCGUGCCGUUCAUCUGGUAGUAUGUGUAGGGAUACUUUUUUCGGCUUUGGUGUGAUUUUUCGAUGGGCAAUUUGAAAUAAAAAAU